UCCGUAGACCAACACACUCCCACGUAUCUAUUUAAAGAAGCAAUUAAUGUAAAAGAAAAAGACUUGCAAGUGCCAAGAACAUCUGAUUCUGGUCUCUCAUAACCAACAGGCUGAUUGAUACCUUCCUUUCUUGGUUUGAUUUGCCCAUGUCAGAGUGAUGUAGGGUUACUGGCCUCACCUACGUCAGAUUACCAUAUUAUACUAGACUCUCCAUGGUCCAUGUAAAAGGUGACCUAUGGACGAAACCCACAUUGACAGCUAUUGAUGUAGUACGCAAGGGGCUGACUGGCCCCUCCUCUUGGCCCCUGAGAGGAUAAAUAUACUGACGGGAUGGACCCAAGGCAGUCUUGCUUAAGGAGUGCUUGUAGUUCAGCAAUAGUUUGGGACCUUACAAUGAGUAGUAUGGAUAGGGUUACAGGUGUAAACUACUGCUUAGGACUGCUAGGUUUGUUACUACUGCAAGGAGUGCUAAAUGUAGAGGGACGGAGCAUGUUUAACCCUGGAAACAGUGUCUUGAAUCCAAAAGAAUACACAAAUCAUCAGAGCAAGAUUCUAGCACUGUUACUACACAAGAGUUUAGAUCCUGUUGAAAAGGGUGAUGCUUUAGGUCUGGAGCUGGCCAAUAAAUUAGCUCAAUUGGAGGAGCUGCAGGCGCUGAGGGAGGACCUGGAGCUGGAGAGGGAGAUCACAGACAAUUUGGCAGAAGUCAAAUCCAUAACAAGGAAGCGGGGUGAACCUUGCUUCUGGAAGUACUGCGUCUGACACGGAUGCAAGAGCAGGAGGACCUAUAGCUGCAAAGCCCAACAUAGCCUUAACUCAAAAUACCAGUAAUACCACUGUAUUCAUCCCAGCAAUAUAGUUGUACCAUAUUCAAAGUCAUCAAUAAACAUUGCCACCGCACUUUGGUGCUCUCAUGAGAGAUUUAAGGACUGCGGCUGUCCGUCUUAAAUUUGUGAAUAAUCAGCAACUCCCUAGCAAUACUUGAGGGUCAGACAUGACUUUAUGUACUGGACUGCAAAUACAUUAUUUUCGCAGGGAUUUUAUUUGCCUACUGCUUGUGUUUAUGUCGCUCUCUUGUGGCAGUAUUGGGCAUAAGCUUCUUUUUGUACCGCUGCCAACAACCAUCACAUCUGCCACUG